GGGUGAGUGGACGGCAGCAAACAUAUUUGGCAAUCAAGAGUGACAUUGUAGCCGACUGGUGUCAGAAGCUCAAAUACCCUCUUUCAGAGACCGCAGGCUGUAAAUAGCCACUAAACUUUGGAGCCAGAAGAUCAUCUCAGAGCCCACACAGAGACAGGCUGCUGUGUGUAUGUGUGGGGUAUAGGGAUUGGAAAGGGCUGACCUGUCUGUGGCCAGUAGUCACCCAGUCUCUGGUCCUAGCAGGGUUGUUUUUAGUCUUAGCUGGACUUGGGGGACUUGUGGAGAUGAACCAGGACGAGGCUUAUGGAGAGUCCAACAGUGAGCCCCCAGGGGGAGAUGACUAAGGAGGAUGUCCCCGAGCCUCUGGAAGGACGGGACUCUGUCCUUGGCCAUCACGCACGCCUGUCUGCCCAUCUGCAGAACAGUGGCCCGCAACAGGCCGUCAUCCACCAGGUGGCCUCCGCACCCAUGCCCAGCGACUGUGAGUUCUCCUUCUUCGACCCCAGCGACCAUCAGUGCAGGGAGAUUCUGCUGGACCCCAACACGACCGUACCGGAACUCUUUGCAGUCCUCCGACAAUGGGUACCCCAAGUCCAGAAGAACGUCGACCUCAUCGGCAGUGAGAUUCUGAAGCGAGGCUGCGGAGUGAACGACCGCGACGGCCUGACCGAUAUGAGUCUGUUGCACUACUGCUGCAAGGCCGGAGCCCCGGGCAUCGGCGACGCAGACACGGCCGCCAGCUUCGCCCGCCAUCUGCUGGCCCUGGGCGGCCAACCAAACCUCCGCUCGCGCUGGACCAACAUGCGGGCCCUGCACUACGCCGCUUACUUCGACGUGCCACAGCUCAUCAGGGUGGUGCUGCAGGCCUCCCAGCCCGGGGACGUGGACGCGACUUGCAGUGACUUUGACUUUGGGACGGCUCUACAUAUCGCUGCAUCCAAUCUAUGCACCUCGGCUGUUAGAUGCCUCUUGGACUUGGGAGCAAACCCUGCUUUCAAAAACGAGAGGGGCCAGCGCCCGGCGGACGUGGUGCCGGACCCCCUCAACAUGCCCCUGGAGAUGGCAGACGCAGCAGGCGUGGCCAAGGAGCUCCACGCCCUCCUGAGGGAGACGCUGCCUCGCAUCUGCUCCCCCGUGCACCUCGGCCCGCCCUCCCCGCCGCCGGCCCUCUCGGACAGGGCCCGCGCCCAGCUCGGCACCCUGGGGAUCCGCCUGGGGGACCGCGUGGUGAUCGCCGGGCAGAAGGUGGGCACCUUGCGGUUCUGCGGCAGCACCGAGUUCUCGGGAGGCCUGUGGGCCGGGGUGGAGCUGGAGCUGGCGGAGGGAAAGAACGACGGCUCGGUGGCGGGCGUGCAGUACUUCACAUGUCAGAACAAACACGGUAUUUUCGCUCCCCUGUCUAAGAUCAGCAAGCGCUCAGAGCGACGCCAGAGCCACACCCCCAGGGCAACUCUUCCCCCGCGACCCCCGCGACGCCUUGACCUCUCCCGGGUCACCUCCAAGGUCAACACAGGCGGCCUCUCUCGAUCGCUCUCCUCCUCGUCUUCAUCACUGGAGUCUCGCCAUGUGCCCGCCGCUCGCACCCGGCCAUCACUACGGCAACGUCCCCCUGCCAGACAGCGUCGGGAGCGCGUGUCGCCCGGCCCCGUGGGCGAGGCCCUGCCACGUCUUCCUGCGUCGUCCACGGCGACCAACCUGGCGAGGACAGGUCCCCGGAGCCGGACACCGUCGGCCAGCAGCUCCGUGUUCGAGGGCCCAGAUGUUCACGUGGGAGAGCGCGUUCUAGUGGUGGGGCAGAGGGCCGGCGUGGUGCAGUUCUGCGGCCAGACCAGCUUUGCACCAGGGCUCUGGUUGGGCAUCGAGCUGGACAAGCCCAGUGGUAAGAAUGAUGGAUCGGUGGGGGGCCUCAGAUACUUCAGCUGCCCACCCAAACAUGGUGUCUUCGCACCGCCAUCACGGGUCCAGAGGAUCCAUGGGUCUGUCGACUGCCUCUCAGAGCUCUCCUCCUCCAGGCUCAACCGCCCCUUCACCGGGAGCAUCCGGCGCAGCUCCAGCACGUCCACGGCCAUCGCCUCUCAGAAGGACAGUGCCCCCAGGAGCCCCCUCAACAGGCGCCGCUCCCUCCCCCACCGCCAGCGGUGGAACACGCUCAGCAGCAACAGCAGCGCCGGCGGGGGGAGGGGGGGCGGGACGUCCGGCCGGAGCAGCGUCAGCCCCGCCCCCGCCGGCGCCGACGGGCAGGCCCGCCUCCGGGUGGGCUCCCAGGUGCUGCUCUCCAGCGCCAACGAGGCGGCGCUGGUGCGCUACGUGGGCGCGGCGGACUUUGCGGCGGGCCUGUGGCUGGGCCUGGAGCUGCGGGCGCCCCGGGGGAAGAACGACGGCGCGGUGGGCGGGCGCCGCUACUUCACCUGCCGGCCCGGCCACGGAGUGCUGGUGCGGCCCAGCAGGGUCACCCACCGCGGCGUCAACGGCGCCCGGCUGGUCGACGACAUCAGCUGAACCCCCGCCGGGAGGCCGGGAGUUUAGGGCGUGUGCGUGUGUGUGUGCGUGCGUGUGGCGUGCGUGCGUGUGCGUGUGCGUGCGUGCGAGCGUGCAGCAGGGUGUGUUUAGUCUAAUUAAGGCACCUAGACAGUGUUUUGCAGAGUUUAUUGCAAAGUAGAACUUGUGCUGCUUGACUACCUAAUUCAUUUGACUUCCUUAAACGAUUUAUUUCAAAGUUAGCAUUUUGGGUAUACUGUUAUAUAACCUUUGUUUAUUCCUUUUUAUUGCGCUAAUUGUUUUUUAAUCCUCUGUGUGCGUUGAGUUAGCGCACUGUAAAAUUGUUCCAUAUAUAUUUUUGGCUGGAAUGCUAGAUUUCUAUUCAAAGACAUUAUGAGGUGAAGCACUUUAUUCACGUUGGCUCUAAGAUCGGAGACGCAACCUCGGUUUGGCGGGUUGUAAAAGUCUGGAAGAUGAGAUAUAGGCCUUCUGCACUACUCUCUAUCAACGGUGUCCCAAAAAAACAACGAAAACCAUUAAGACAAUAAACUAGGUGAUAUGAACGUUCUGCCUUUAAAACCUUAUCCUUCCCAGAAGCACGUCUGUAAGGUUUAUUUUCCGAAAGACGAAGCACUGUGUUGACUAUAUCUCAGAGUGAAAAACUCCCGGUGCAGAGAUAUAUCGAAAAAGCCAACGGAGCACUUUGAAAAUGAAUGAGGGUCUUUGAUACAGGGUCGUCGUAUGGCUUACCAGCAAACAAACGACAAAGAACUCAUUAGAGGACGUUGUGUUUUGGUGCGUUUUUAGUUAUCUUUUUUACUGUAAUCUGUGUUAAACGCGAGUCUCUUACUCAAUAGCUUGGCUGGCUUGAAUGGUAAGGCUGCUAAAGCACCUGGAGCUAUAGCUUUAAACAGCAUGGAACACCACCUUGUGUUUGCAGCAAUCGUAAACAAGAGAGAAGCACAACUAUUGCCUAAGAAACGGAACAUGGUGUGAACGCAGUAGGCUUUAUUAGAGCAGUUCAUCACCGGGAAGGCGUCAUCACACGUGCCAUUCAAAAGGUGUUUCCUUUUGUUACUGGAUUGUUUCAUUCAGCAGAGAGCUGCUAUUGAUCUAGCUCUGGAGAAUGACCCCAUUCAGGGCCGGCUAAAGGUAUAGGCCAUAUAGGUCACCCUCAAAGGGAGACAUUUUAAUAGAUAAUGGAAAUGCUUGAGCCUGCGUCUCUAUGAAUGAUAACCAACAGCUUUCCCCACCUCGCCACCAGUACAGCAUUAAAGAUCUGGGCAUGAAGUACUUUUUCAAAAGUAAAGAAAUCCUAAAAUCUUAAGAAUUUCUAAAAAUCCUAAUCUGGCCUGGGGCUAGCUCUAGAGCCUUCCCCUGCCCUGUUGCUUCAGAGAAAACAUCCACGUCAGGUCCCAUUAGGGUAUGAAGACCACAACAGCCAUGGAAACUUAAGUGUGUAUCUCCCAUGAACUCAUUGAUCUGUCUGGUGAUUGUUAAGGACCGUGUGCCCAAGGUCAAAAAUAUAUGCCUCUAGAUUUUAUUAAAACGCAUUAAAGUAUGGGAAUGUGUCAAAGGCUGGCAUUCAUCUCCUUUGUAUCACAGCUUAGCAGCCUGGCCUAUUGACAAGUGUUUUAAUGCUGCUGUUUUCAAUGUUAUUACUCUACUUUUCAAUAAUUUGUCGCUAUUGCCUUUCUUAUUUCUAUUUUCCCUCUGGAUAUUCAAGAGCAUAUUAGCAGUAUAGUUUUGGUUUUAAAUGUCACUAAUGGCUGUGACCAUCUGUCACAGCAUGUGUGCGUGUGCGUGUGUUUGUGUGGGCAACAGAUUGCUGAUGUUGAUCCAUCUAAAUUUUUUUGCAAGGCCUUUCCACGCAGUGUAAAAAAACAAACAUCCGAAAGCAGCAUUUGUAAAACUACACAAUAAAGAAUUAUAUUCUAAUUUAA